CCUCAAGCCGCUCCUCAACCUAUAGACGGCAUGUUUCCUAUCUCUACGCUUCAACCCUAGGUGCCUAAAGUAAACGUCAUUUUUAGACUGACGAACGCACUUUCGUUAAAAUCCGAUGCAAGCCUCCUGUUCGUAGAAAGAAAUUUAAAAAGAGGAGGGGGAUUGGAAGAGAAAACAAAGAUUAUACAAAUUAGGAGUUAUUAAUCAGGAAGGAGAUAUAGUAAUUUUUUUGGGGGGGCGGUUUCUUACAAACGGGAGGAAUAUUUUAAUGGAAAGUGCUGAAGCAGAAACGGAAGCUGCUGCACUCCGCUCUCUCCAUCCCCAGUCUUCCUGACUCCAUCGAUUCUGUCGGGUUUGAGACAAAGAGGCAAGGCCUGACUGAGGCCCGCGUUGGAGCUGAUCUCAUGUUAUCUGCUUGAAUAUUUUUAUCUACCAAAAUGUCAAAAAGACCAUCUUAUGCCCCGCCACCAACCCCAGCCCCCACAACCCAAAUGCCCAGCACACCAGGGUUUGUGGGAUACAAUCCAUACAGCCAUCUGGCCUACAACAACUACAGGCUGGGAGGGAACCCGGGCACCAACAGCCGGGCCACGGUAGGAGAAUCAACUAUUACGUCAUCCGGCAAACAACAGGAAGUGACCAGAAAUGGCUUUAGAGCAUCGUCUGGUAUAACAAUCCCCAAACCCCCAAAGCCUCCAGAUAAGCCACUCAUGCCCUACAUGCGGUACAGCAGGAAGGUCUGGGACCAAGUGAAGGCGUCCAACCCCGACUUGAAGUUAUGGGAAAUUGGGAAGAUCAUUGGAGGAAUGUGGCGAGACCUCACUGACGAAGAGAAGCAAGAGUACUUAAAUGAAUAUGAAGCAGAAAAGAUAGAAUACAACGAGUCAAUGAAGGCCUACCAUAACUCACCCGCUUACCUUGCCUACAUCAAUGCAAAAAGCCGUGCAGAAGCUGCACUGGAGGAGGAAAGUCGACAAAGGCAAUCCCGGAUGGAGAAGGGUGAACCAUAUAUGAGCAUCCAGCCAGCUGAGGAUCCAGAUGAUUAUGACGACGGAUUUUCCAUGAAACACACGGCUACAGCCCGUUUCCAGAGAAACCACCGCUUAAUUAGUGAGAUCCUGAGUGAAAGCGUAGUUCCUGAUGUCCGUUCAGUGGUCACCACAGCGAGGAUGCAAGUUCUCAAACGCCAAGUCCAGUCCUUAAUGGUUCACCAGCGGAAAUUGGAAGCUGAACUCCUGCAGAUAGAAGAACGUCACCAGGACAAAAAGAGAAAAUUCUUGGAGAGUACAGAAUCCUUUAACAAUGAGCUGAAGAGGCUGUGCAGCCUGAAGGUCGAGGUGGACAUGGAGAAAAUUGCAGCGGAAAUAGCCCAGGCCGAGGAACAGGCCCGCAAGAGGCAGGAGGAAAGGGAGAAAGAAGCUGCAGAACAAGCAGAGCGCAAUCAGAUCAGCGCAGGCACUGACGAGGAGCAAGUGGCUAGCAAGCCAGAGGAGAAGAAAGAUGAGGGAAACACACCUAUGGAAACAGAGGAGCCUCCUACAGAGGAAACAAUCGAGAGUCAGCAAAAUGGCGAAGGGACCUCCACUCCGGAAGACAAAGAGAGCGGCCAAGAAGGAGUUGAAAGCAUGGCAGAGGAAGGGACGAGCGACAGCAACACUGGCUCCGAAAGCAACAGCGCCCUGGUGGAAGAACCCCCAGCUGACCCAGUCACUGCAGAAGACAGUGAAAAGAAAGAAUAAAUGUGUCCUUUUUCAUGUAUCACUCUUUUCCAAAUGUUUGAUGGAAUGGUAUUUUGAAGAGGGGGGAAGUGGUAUGUAAAUUGCUCUUGGUAUUUUGCAUUUUGGUCACAACUAAACAGAUACUGGGCAUUUUAACUUUUUGUGAGUAAUAUGAUGCCCCUAAGCUCAAUUUCCCGGGGCAAGGAAGGGCUUCAGGCUGUUCACCUGGCACAAAAGCAGAUGCUAGCUUGCACUCCACUGCAUUCUGAUCCACAACAGCAGCAUCUCACUUCUACCAAGGACACAAUUUGUGUUUUUUUAUUAUUUGCAUUAUUUAAAAAAUCCUAUAUCCUUUCCUCUUUUUAGGGAAAUGUUUUGGAGGGUUGAAGAAGCGUCUAAACCCCUUGUUAUUAAAAGUCCUCUCUGCUCUUAAUGGGAGCCUGACAGCUUAGUCUCUGAUGGUUUGUUCCCUAAAAAUCACUCUCCCUUCUUCCACGUCAUUUAAGGGUACAUGUGGAAUUGAUAUUCCAAACGUCAGCUCCAGUCAGAAAGGUCUGAAAAUCAGCUGUCUGUGAAUCAGAUUAUUUCCACAUGAUUUAAGUUGCCAUUCUUCAUUUUUACUGAGAAACAAAGUUUUUUUCAUGUGCCCAUUAGAUCUAAAACAGAAGCACUGAGAAUGUAAAGCUUUUUCAAGAAGCUUCUCAGUUGUUUCUUUGUCCCCAUCUAUAAAAUACCUUUUUAAAAAAUGUUUGUUUUUAGCCAUUUUUAAAAACUGUCCUUUUGCAACUUGCUUCACGGAAGAGCAUGAAAAAGUAGAUUAUGAGUAACAGCCACAAUAACAAGGUAUACCUCAUUACUUUGCUCUCAGUCACCAGAUGUGUGUUAUUACUUUGCUCUUAACAUUCCCAUUUUCAGGACAUGUAAAAGAAAACCAGCUGCAGAGUUGGGCAUACUUGACACCUUCAGCACUGAAAACAGACUAGAAACGUAACAUUUCAAAUCUCUGGAGUACUUCCAUUGUGCUUGAAAACCAGCUUUAAGCUAAAUGUUCCUUUACCACCUCCAUUUUCCUUCCUGCAGCAGCCCCACUUCUUGCAAAUGCACAGAAAGGGGUAUGUGGUUUCUCCCAAGGCACAUUACUCUUCAGGGCCUCCUGCCAAAACGAGUUGCAUUGUGCUGCUUCGUUACAUCUUGGGGCUGGUUGCGGUAAUAUGGGAUCCCUCUCUUGAGGGUUGCCCCCGCCCCAGUGCUCUUUGAUCCUUUUGUUGAGAAUGGCUUAAUGUCAAGGCGUGGUGGAACACAAUCUGAUGCAGUUAUUUGAAACUUGUCGGGCCUCCUUUUCCCUUCCCCGACUGUGCCCCACCACGAAAGCACCAUGCAAACAAUUUGCAUCAAAAUGAGCAUUUCAAAUCCCUUACACCAUCACGAAGUUAUUUGUGUGUGUGUGUGUGUGUGUGUGUGUUUCCCCCCCCCCCCACUUUCAACACAAGCUGUCUGAGAAUUCUGCUGCAGGGUUGCCCUCUGUAGGCGUCUCCUCUAAGGAUUAAAAGAAGAAGAAAAAUAGAAAGCUAAAGUGAAGACAACACUGGUUUUGUGAAUGUCUCCUAAUCCAUUAUUGGUUUAUGGUUUUGUGUUUGUUUUUUAAAAAAAACCUCUUUGGUCUCUUUUAAAUGGUUUUUGAUGUAAUAAACUAGAAUAUGUUUUAAGAAAAUGAA